AUGCCGAAGAGCGCCGCGGGUCGGAGUGAGGGGUAUUCAUCGUACGUCGAUGAUGACGUCUACAGCGUGGUUGGAGGUGAGGACCGCCCCAUCUUUGAAAUUCGCCCCUGCGUCGCGACGAACCGGCAAACACCCUCCCGCGCGAAUUCUUCCUCUUCCGCCGGUCCCGUCCCUGACCCUCUCAUCCGCCCUUCUCUCCAGGCCGUGCGCGAGCAGACGCUGCACUCCAUCGACGCCUCCAGGCUCGCACCGCCGGACGAUGGCGCCAACCCCUCGCGCGGGCGCAAGAACCCCCCACCCUCCGAGUCGGAGAUCAGCGACCUCGUCGGGCAGCUCGAGAGGUACGCGGAGCACAAGACGGGCCGGGGCGAUCGGUUCGGCGGCAGCAACGUCGCCAACCGCGGCGCCGGCCCCAGGACAUCGCGCGGCCAGGACAAGUGGCAGACGCGCCCGGCAUCCAACCCCGGAUCCCAACCCGGUUCCGGCCACCUGCCCUCCUCCUACAGGAGCGCCAGACACGACGACGAGAAUUCGUUGGUUGGCGCGUGGGACGUGGGCUCGUCGGUGUACGCUUCGUCUAUACCCGACUCGGACGCGAGGUCGGUGUACUCGGUCCAGGCGGACGAGUUCGGGGGCGACUACGCGUACACCGAUCGGUACGCGAAGAUGGACACCAGGAUGGACAGCGUGUCCAAGAACCUCAAGCAGCACAGGAAGCGGUUGGAGGACACGCUGAAAAACAUCGACGAGGGCGCGCAAGCGGGACGGUCCGCCAUGCGCAGCGAUUGGGACAGGGACGGGAUGGCCCGCGCGGGGAAGACCACGACGGGCGUGGGGAUGUUUGACGUCUUCGCCAAGGAUAAGGACGCCGCGACGCCGUCGAGGGUGGGCGCGCAAGGCCAAGGUGCGAGGCACGGGGGGAGGGUGACGAACAAGGCUGCGGAGAAGUGGCUCUCGCCGGGGUCGCCCAGGCCGCGGUCGCAGUCGAAGGCUCGGCCGAGGUCGCCGCGGAACAGGACCGACGGGCCCGCGGAGGUGACGCCGUUCAUGUCGUUCGUGGAGAGCGUGUUCGGAUGCGGGUGCGGGCCGAGGAAGGGGAAGUCGGCGGCGUAG